AAAAUAAAAUGUAGACAUUGAAAUUCACUUUCUUUGCCUCGUUAAACUUUGUGAUUACUUUAAAAAUGUUUCGGGUCAAUGAUGAAUUGGAAUUGCCCUUAAAUGCAUUAAACCACGAUCUUUGAUAUUGAAAAACAAAUGGGAAUAUGUGUGUUGUGUAAAUUUCACAAGUUAGAAAAUGAAAAAUGCAGACGUCGAUAACGGCUAUGCAUGGAUUAUAUUGAUUUGUUCUUCAUUUGUUUAUCUAAUAAUUGCUGGAAGUCUAAACACGUUUGGAAUUUUGUAUACCGAGCUUUUAGAUUACUAUGGAGACGGUGCGGGUAGUACUGCAUGGAUAUCCAGUAUUUGUACUUUCUUUGCUCUAGGGUUAGGACCUUUUGUCAAUUUUCUGGGAGAGAAGUAUACAUAUCGGUUAGUGAUGAUGAUUGGGAGUUGUCUAGUAUUACUGGGAUAUACUACUAGUGCCUUUGUACGAGGAAUAAAGAUGUUCUAUUUAACUCAUGGUGUAAUCACAGGUUUUGGCUUUGGACUCAUGUUAUCACCAUGCUCUACAGUAGUUAACUUUUAUUUCAAAAAGAAAAGAAGUUUUGCCAACGGAAUAAUGGUGAGUUUUAGUGGUGUUGGAGGUUUUAGCUUUCCAUACAUGUACAGAUGGUUGAUUGACAAGUAUGGUCUUCAUGGAGCAUUUUUGUUAAGUGGAGCCUUAUUGUUUCACUCAUGUGUCGCAGUAGCGUUAUUACUACAACCCCAACAAAUCGUAGAAAAACAUCAAACGACUAACAGAAAAAUUAUCUCUUGGAUUAUAUAUUUAUGGGAGGCAAAACAGCGAAUGUUCAAAGUUGGACUUUUUAAAAUUCCAAAAUAUACAAUUUGUUUUACAGCAUUAUGUUUCCAAUUUGGGAAUUUUACGGGAAAUUUGAUAGCUCUUCCAGGUCAAGUUCGAUCGCUUGACCUUGGAAAACAGGCUAUAGUGCAAGUUUUAUCAGUAUACGGCGCAACAGAAAUAGUAUCUAGAACAUUUCUUGGAUGGUUUGCAGGUUUAAACAUAAUAAAACGAACUAAUUUACUACUGAUGAGUUCUUUUGUUAGCUCACUGAUUGCCUUUGGUAUACCACAUCUGCCUUAUAAAGGCGCUCUGUUAGUCUAUGCUGUGCUGAUGGGAUGCUUUUCCUCUACAUUUUGGAGUUUAGUUGGUGUGUUGUUGGUGGACUGUGUGGGACUAGAUAACUUAUCACCAGCUAUUGGUCUAUUGUUAUUUGCUAUGGGGAUCAUGAUUUGUGUUUCACAGCCAGUUACAGGAUGGUUGGAAGAUUCUACCGGAAGCUGGGAUAUGUCGUUCCGAUUCAUAGGUGUACUAAGUGCAAUCUCCUGCAUGUGUCUUCUGUUAGGACCCAUGAUUGAACGCAUGUCGUGUUUUCAAAAAGAAAGAAAAAGUAAUUUGAGUAAUAUUGAGAAGCAAAUGGAAGAGUAUAAUGGUGGGGCUAUUCAUAUGGAAGAAACGGAAGACUUGGUAAUUAAAGACUGUUGUUCCAAAAGCAAUGACAAAGAAGUAACUAAACAAACAGAAGAAGUCCAUCCACUAUAUCCUCAAAAGAAUGAUCCAUGACGCAUGUGUAGUCAUGUUUUUUACGAAAUAUAUUUUUUAACUAUAAGCUUCAAGAGUAUGCAUGACAUUUCUUGGGUUAAGAAUAUUGUAGUAAUUAUCAAAAAAGCCUCAAUUCAAGUUGCAUAUAUUUCUAUUCUCAAUAUGAAUAAGAUAAAUAUAGAGGGGCUCUACGUUAUGAUUACAAAACUCCACUGAAUAAUCAGAAAUUGAUUUAUUUUUGCCAUUUUGAUAUGAGAAUAAGAAGAUUUGGUAUGAUUGCCAACGUCAUAAUUCUCGACCAGAGAUCAAAUGCCAUAGAAAAAAUCAUCAUAGAUAUCAGGAUUGAAAUUUUGAAAUAGAAAUUAACAACUAUAGGUCACCGUUCAACUUUAAACAAUGAGCAAAACCCAUUUUUGCUGUCGCGCCAAACCCUCCCCGAACCUAGGACAGUAUUGAAACAGUAUAACAUAAGAAAUAAGAAAAAUCAGUUGAAAAAGACUGAACUCAUCAGAUCGAUAAAAAACAGAAAAACAACUAGUAAAAAACACAGACCGGACUUGGAAGGUUAGUAGUACAUCCCCACAAAAAAAAAGAAACUAUGUACAGAUCUGAGAGUACUUGCAGUUACAGCUAGUUCAAAGCCAAUAACAACUAAUAAAAAAUCAUCUAUCUAAGACUAAGAUAUUCAUCAGUUCACAUCCAACAUCCAAUGGAUUUAGUGUAAAGACAUCAAUAACAGUCAAAAAAAACAUUACCUUGUGCAAUGCCAAAAUACAGGUAUCGACAGAUCGACAAGAAACACAUAAAAAAAAUAAUAAAUAAUAAUAUUUUCCGAGAUUUAGAUAUAUCAAAAAGUACAUAUUUAACCGAUUAAGUGUAUAACGACAUUUUAAACAGUCUGAGAACAGCGAGACUUCAGGCAAAUAUUCAUAAGCCCAGUACUGGAAUGAGACAGCACUGUCCAUAUUUAUAGUAUUGUCUCAUUCUCAACCUCUGAUAAUGCAAGAUUUUUGCUGCUGUCUUGUGAUAGCUUUUUCAGACGGAUAUCCUUUUGACUGUCCCUGUACAUCGGAGUUUUACUCAUAAUUGGUCUUCUAACAUAUUCCAUUUACUGUAAAACUUUCGUCUUUCAAUAACCGAAAAUAAAAUAUUAUUACAAACGAAAAGAAAAGUUGUAUUCCGUCCAAAUUGUUAGAAAAAGGUGGAUGCUUCACGAUUAUUCUAUUGAUCACCUUACCCCUAGCUUUCCUCAAUUAAUUCAAUAAAAUAAGUCAUUGCUUUUAUAUCAGAUUUCCGCCCGUUUAUUUAAAUCAUGGUAUGUAAUUGUUAUGAAUUGUAAAUUUCAGUCAAUUCUUCUUUUGAAUAAAAAAAAUUUUGACAAAAAUACCGAACUCAAAGGUAAAUUCAAAAAGGGGGAAGUCCAUAAAACUUGGAAAAAAAAUCAAACUCACGAAUAUACCAACCAACGUAACGUAUGGAAAAACAACUGUCAUAUACCUAAAUUCGGACAGGCAUUUUCCGAAGAAAAUAGUGGGUUUAACCUUGUUUUAUAGGUAGCCGAAUUAAGAUAAAAGGUAAAGUAAAUGGUAGGUAUUAAUUAAGAUGCUAAGCAUAUGGAAAGUAUCAUUUUAUUUUUUUAGGAUCUGGUUUAUUUAACAUAUCCAACAUGUUUCAAUGUUAAAUGAUUAGUAAAACUUGUUAAUCAAUGUUGGUUUUUCACAUCAUCGCAUUUUCAAAUAUGUAUUUGGUUGUUUGAGAGUUAGAUGUGAGGAUGAGGCGGUAUAUAUCAACUUUUAUUACUGUUCAUCUAUUUUUCUUGGUGAUAACGAAGGUUAAUUACAGGUGAUCAACAUAAGUUAAUCUAAUCGGAACUCCGUAAAGAUUUUUCAUCAUUUGUUUUAUUUUUUAAAAUCUGGUUUAUUAUUAUCUUUCGGUUUCAUUUCUAUUCACGGCAGAAAUGUUCCUUGACGACAAUUUAGAAAUCUCAACAUCCUGAUGAACAGUUUUAUUUACUCUGACUUAGGAUAUAUCUUAUAACAUCACAAUUUCCUUAACGAACUUGCCGAAACCCCAAAUGAUGGAACAGCGCUUUCAUUGCUAUUUAAAACACAUCGCUUUAUCUAAUUAGUUUUCUUUUGUUUUUUUAAUUGAUAAAUCGUUUUAUUCAAAUUUCUUCUGAUAAACAAUAUCCCUUAGCAUCCCAGGAGAGCAGACGACGUAUCUAAUUUGUUACACUUAGUGGUUAUGACACAACUUUGGGGUCAUUGCCGAUGUACCCAACUCGUUUAAAACCGCCUGCACUCGGGUGUUUAUGAUAUCAUUAAUUUGUGUUCAAACUGCAUAAAUUAUAUAGUUAUCGAAGUUAUUUAAUUUGCGUUGUUGGUUAAAUUUACAAGUUAGAAAAUGAAAUAUACAGAUGCUAAUAACGGAUAUGCCUGGAUGAUAUUAAUGUUUUCAGUGUUAGUACAGUCUAAAUUCUAAAUUAAAAAAAAAUCAAAGUUAUCUGGUGAAAUGAAAUUUGCUUGGAUUUUUUAUUUGAAGAUUUGUUUGUUACUUCAAAUUUAUCUAAAUUAUUGCAAUCCCUUUUCGAAGAACGAAAGAAACUUCUAGAAAAUAUCAAUGUAGUUUGAAAAAUAGAAAAAUAAAAAAAUCGAUCAGGAGUUGUCUCCCAUAGGCCUUUGUCUAUAAAUUUAUUAAGAAACGUAUCUUCUCCAUGUCACAGUGGCUUCCAAAAUGACUUAAUGUUUUGCCAAUGACAUUAUUUAUAACUAUGUUAUUUUUUGUUCAAAUAUGUAUACUGGUUUUUGUUUAAAUGUACUUUAAGCACUCUAAUCAUUCUAAUCGUUUACUGUGCUUUAUUUUGUAAUUCAUUUGAUUGUUUGAAUUUUUGGC